GAAUGAAAUCUACAUCGCUCCUUCAGGAGUCCAAAAGGAAAGAAUACAGAUCUGAGGGUAAAUACAGUGAGAAGUUAAAGGAGUCUCUUCACUGAUAGAAACUUGAAGCUUCACAGCAGUCCUCAUUGGGGAUGUUAGCAAGUAAGGCAGAUGAAGGCACGUAAGAUGAUAUGGCAAGAUUGUGGUGGUCUGUUUUUUGCUAGUAGUAGCAGUGAAUUCAGCACACCAGAAGAUAUGUUUGUUUGUGACAUGAACGAACAGGACAUCAGUGGUCCCCCACCGCACAGGAAACUGAAGAAGAGCCAGUGCACACCUCUUUUUAUGAAUGCUUACACUAUGAGAGGGGCAGGGGCAGUGAUCCAUACUCAUUCCAAAGCUGCUGUUAUGGCUACCCUUCUUUACCCAGGGAGUGAGUUCACUGUUACCCAUCAGGAGAUGAUAAAAGGAAUCCAGAAGUGUAUUUCAGGAGGCUAUUACCGGUAUGAUGAUACACUAGUGGUUCCCAUCAUUGAGAACACACCAGAAGAGAAGGAUCUCAAGGAAAGAAUGGCACGUGCAAUGGAAAAAUACCCAGACUCUUGUGCUGUAUUGGUCAGACGUCACGGAGUUUACGUAUGGGGAGAAACAUGGGAAAAAGCCAAAACGAUGUGCGAAUGUUAUGAUUACUUGUUUGAUAUCGCAGUGCAGAUGAAGCAGCAUGGGCUAGAUCCUUCAAAACAUCCAACAGGAGAAAACGGAAUCUUAUAAAUGACCCCAACAUUUAUAUUCAGGUUUCUUACAUGAUGGGAGUUCCAGAUUUGACCUCGCACUGUUAAAACCAGAAGGGGGUGCUGUUACUCUCAGGUGGCUGACAGAUCUUAGCGAUCAGUUUUUAUUGUAAACACAUCCAAGAAGAAAAGGAGAGUUAAAACAAGCAAAGAAACAAACAAAGCUGAACAAUUAUUGCUAUUUAUCCUGGCAAAUGCUACAGUGGGAGGAAUGAAAAUUCAGAUGCAAGAAAUGAUUUUGAAAAAAGACUGAGAACUAAUGGGACAUUUUGUUGGCUUUAGAAAUUCAUAUUUCAACAACCUGCAUUUGUUGAUCCUGCUAUACUGCAGCACCACUGAACUUGCUCUAAGUCUCCAUUUCUGAAGGUUAUAGUAGCCUUCAUUCUUGAGAAGAAAGUGAGGACAACCCCUUAAUUAGAAGUUGAAAGCAUUGUUUGAACUGGUGAUUUGUUGCCAUAUUAAUAGGAGCUUUUUCUAAAAUUAAGCCUGUAUCAUGUGUAUUUUUUAAUUCUCUCAAUUGUCAUUAUAAUGAGUAGGAAACAGUUUUAUAGCGUGCAUUUGGAAGUUGUUAUUGACUGACUGCUCUGGGUCUUGUCUGAUUUUUACUUCUUCAAGUUCAUUCCCUUUCAGUAAGAAGGAUUUUGUUUAUUACAACUUUAAAACAGCAUUUUUAUGACCUAUGAUUAGCCAGCCUAAGAUAGAUUUAAUCAAACUGCUUAUUAAAAUACAUUCUCCCAAA